AUAAUGCAUGUAGCAUAUAUACAAUAUACAGUGAAUACGCAGCUCGAGCAAAAAAGGAAAAACACGGAAGUCCGCAGAGUGAGAGAGAGAGAGAGAGAGAGAGAGAGAGAGAGAGAGAUUCGCUCGGCGCGCAUCGUUCAGUCAGUACGUGCAAGGAAAUCCCGUGUGUUGUUUCCGCAGUAGCGUUUCGUCGCGUCUCGCGUGUGUGUGAUCAGCUCAGCGGAAAACGUCGCGGCCGCCCACGCCAUAACCUCGCGCGGCGGCGCAAGAAGUGUCUGUAAACACAGUGCGCGCGAGCGAUCUCGCUGCUACGCACCUCAACAAGUAGGUGUAUUAGGCAUCGGAAUAAGCAAAGAGGGGGAGUAAUCGAAAACGUUAUACUGGCUCAGUUACAUUCGCCGUGUUGUACGUUACACAGUGUAUAUACGAGUGUUUGCGUGCGCGUGUGUGUGCGUGUGUGCAGAGCAGCUGAAAAUACUCGCUGCAGCAUCCUGCAUCGCACAAAAGAAGGACUUGUCGCGCGAGGGGGGAGGAAAACAAAGGGCGAGAGAGAAGAGAAGGAAAACAAAAGAAGAAGUAUAUAGCGCAGCGCGAAAACAUGCGUGCGGCGACGACGUCAACCUUGGCACUCCGAAAAGCAUCAGCAGCGGAUAGCAGCGGUGCCGUCGAGUGAACAUUCGUCAGUCGAGUGUAUAUAUAUAUAUAUAUAUAUAUAAGCAGUUCCAAGAAAAAUAUCAGCAGCAGCGAGAAUAUAUUACACAAAGCAGAGAAAGCUGCGCCGCGCUCUGCAGCGAUACAGGCAUAACACAAGAGGCGCGUGUGCGUGAUUUGGCGCGAGAGAGCGCGCAGGUGUGCCAGUAGUCUACUGUUGCUCGCCACUCGCUCUGCAGCAAAAUAACAAUAUAGGUACGUGCGCGCGCGCGCGGGAGAGCUGCAGAGGAUCGUCGCAGAGCGGAAUAACGAUAUAUCGCCAAUACCCGCAAGUGUCCCUGUGUGGGGAUAUCAGUGUGGUAGCUGUGUAUAAGCGUACGAGCGUCGCUGUCUGCGCAUCUCUCGUGCGGGUGUGUGUGCACAUGCGCUUCUCCGGGCUACAUCGUCGAUAUAGCCGCCCCCCCCCCCCCGAGAAGAGGAGCGCCGCCCGCGAGAGUCGACCCGGAGCUGCAGCCAAGACGAGGACGAGGAAGAGGAGAUAGCCAGCGCGAUAGCAUAUCCGCGUACGCAGAGCGGUAUGGGAAAAUGAUCAUCAGCCGAGAGGCGACGAUUAUCACUGCAGCAGCGAUUCGCGGCGCCCAACAGUUGCACAGACGGACGACGGCCUCCCAUCGGUGCGGAAAUUAGUGGAGCGACGCCAAAAAACUUGCCGAGUGUGACGCAGUUCUGCUGCUGCCGCCGCUGCUGCCCACCGCCCGUCGUCGGAGCAUCCUCCUCGAGAGCAACCUCGCUGUAAUCUUUCUCUGCGCGAGGAUAUCGUCUAGGGGAAGAGAUACUUUGAAGCAGGAAGGGAGCGGCCAGACGAAUUCCGCGGACAGCAUCAGGGCUGCUCCUACUUUGUUUUCAAAGAGAGAUUCGUCUCGAGACAGAGUUGACAAAAUGCCAGGCCUUAUCGCUGUCAGUGAUUUUAUCGAUGAGACCAGGGGGGACUACAAUUCACCCACCACGUCCACUUUUGUCUCCAGGAUGCCUCAGUGCAGACAGACCAUUGCAGCUCUGGAGGAGACUCUAGAUUUUGAUCGCGAAGGACUUACUAAGCUUAAAAAAGCAAUCAAGGCAAUCUAUAACUCAGGAAAUGCCCAUGUUGAUAAUGAAAUGUACUUGGGAAGAGCUUUAGAGAGAUUAGGUGAUGCUGCACUUAAGGAACAGGAACCAGAUAUUGGUGCAGCUUUUCUUAAAUUUGCUGUUGUUACCAAAGAAUUAAGUGCAUUGAUGAAAACAUUGAUGCAAAAUAUUAGUAACAUUGUAAUGUUUCCAUUGGACUCAGUGUUAAAAGGUGACUUAAAAGGUGUUAAGGGUGAUUUGAAGAGACCUUUUGAUAAAGCUUGGAAAGAUUAUGAAGCUAAGUAUGCAAAAAUUGAAAAAGAAAAGAAACAGCAUGCAAAAGAGGCUGGCCUCAUUCGUACAGAAAUCACUGCAGCAGAAGUAGCUGAUGAAAUGGAAAAAGAAAGGCGACUUUUUCAGUUACAAAUGUGUGAAUAUUUAAUGAAAGUUAAUGAAAUUAAGACUAAGAAAGGAAUAGAAUUGCUUCAACAUUUGGUUGAAUAUUACCACGCACAAACAAACUAUUUUCAAGAUGGACUGAAAACUAUUGAACACUUUGGUUCAUACGUUGUGGACCUAAGCAUGAAACUCCAAAAAAUCAGACAGGCCCAAGAUGAAGAAAGAAGGCGCCUAAUGGAACUAAGAAAUCUACUCAGAAGUUCUGGAUGUGAUAAAGAGUUAAAUACAAACACAAGCAGCGGAUACUCCCUACAUCAGCUGCAAGGCGAUAAGCAGCAUGGCGUAACUCGUACCGGCCAUCUCUUGAAAAAGAGUGAGGGAAAAAUGAGGCGUGUUUGGCAAAAGCGGCGAUGUUCCGUGCAAGCUGAAGGAUAUCUGGAUAUCUGUCACGCUGACGAGAACAAACCUCCCACGAGGGUGAAUUUACUAACGUGCCAAAUUAAACUGGUACCUGAUGAUAAAAGGAGCUUUGACCUUAUAAGUUAUAAUAGGACUUAUCACUUUCAAGCGGAGGACGAAGCGGAUCAACGGGCGUGGAUGUCCGUCCUAGUCAACUGCAAAGAGCGUGCUUUAUUAAGAGCUUUUGAUGCUAGUGGCAAACCGGAGGCGAAUCAUGGUAAUCCUAGUUUAGUUGAGCUUCAACAAGCUGUAAUACGGUGUGUCAUGAGGUUACCUGGUAACGAUAAGUGCUGUGACUGUUCUUCACAAAAUGAUGCAACUUGGCUGUCAACAAAUUUCGGAAUAAUUGUGUGUAUAGAAUGUAGCGGUAUACAUAGGGAUUUAGGUGUCCAUAUAUCUAGAAUACAAUCUUUAACACUCGAUAAUAUAGGUACAUCUCAAUUAUUGUUAGCAAGAUACAUGACAAAUCAAGCUUUCAAUGAAGUUAUGGAAGCAAUGUUACGUCACAAUUUUAAACCUUCUCCUACAUCUACAAUGGAGGAAAGGUACGAAUUUAUUAGAGCCAAAUAUGUAGAGAAAAAAUAUAUCACAAGAACAUGCGUUAACGAACAAGAUCUACUAUCGGAUCUUGAGCAUGCUGUAAAUAAUCGAGAUUUACAUCACCUGUUACAAGUUUAUGCAGAAAACGUAGAUUUAUCGGCUAGUUUACCCACAUCGGAUUUAUGCGAGACCGCCCUUCACUUGGCGAUCUUAAGAGAAAUGGGAAACAGUUUACACAUCGUAGACUUCCUGAUUCAAAAUAUGCCGACAGGCACUAUAGAUAAAACCACGACGGAAGGAGAUACAGCUCUGCAUCUUUCCGCUAAGCAUGAUAAGGCGGAAGCUAUGAAGUUAUUACUAAAGUCCGGUGCAGAUCCAUCGCUUCGAAAUAAACAAGGAAAGACUCCACUAGAUAUUGCUCAAGAAGUAGGGCAUCAUACAUGCCAAGAAUUGUUGAACCACGCUAUGCAGCGACAGAAGACUCUUUUCGAUAAUGUAAAUAUUGACUGGAACCUCUCACACGACGAAGCAUCAACAGAUUUUUCCGACGAUGAAACUAUCAUUGAAGAAAGAUUUGCUAAUUUGACUAAAAAAAAUGGCUGUUCAACGCCGGAAAAGAAAUUACGUAGUAGGCCCCCAUCGUAUGCUGGUGGAACGGAGUCGGGUGUAACAGACUCACCCGUGACAUUGCGUAGUCGGAGCAGUACUUGUGACAGUUUACAAAGUGGCUUGUCACCUGGCUUCUGUACAAGCAAAGAACAGAUGCCGCCGCCUCCACCGCCACAAAUUAAAAAACCGGUCAUAGCAAUGACACGCUUAUUUGUAGUCCCGACGCCGGUGGUUCCGGACGUCUCCUCGAUGAACUUUCAUGGCUCACUGAAGAAGCGGGUGGCCCCGCCGCCACCUGCGGGCCUCGACAGCAGCACCACCAGUGGCGGGGCCGUCGGUGGCUUAUCGGGCAGCAUCCUCUCGCCUCAUUACGGCACCUUGCCCACGGCCUCGCACAGCAGGACGACAAGUGAGCCCAUUUUGACUAGUCACACUACUAUUCAAACUCUACCAUACGCUUUGCGAACCCUGAACACUACCACUCAGAAUCACAAAAGAUCGCCCAGCGGUGAUUCAUCAACGGGACAUGGCCCUGAUGAAUUGCGUAUCGACAAGAUUGGCAUAAACACGUCGACGUUGCAGAGGCCGCGGAACCCGCCCCCACCGGCACCGCCCACCGUCAGCAGCACGACGUCGUCGCGAGUGUCCGACGACCCGGCCAACGAGUCCCUUGUCGCUGAAACUGGCGGUCUAGGCAAUCCCUUGCCACCGCCCAGAAAGUUUUUAAAAAUCAGCAGUUUAAGAAAAAACUGUGCACGACAUUGCAAGUUGGGUAAAAAGCUCGCGUAUCGCAUGUGCAUACCGAGAACUAUUUUCAAACGGUAACUCGAAGAUUAAGAUUUGGAGCAGCCACCGGCAUCGGCGACGGGCUAUAGCGGUCUGCGUCGCUGUCGUGCUCUCUAUGACUGCGAGGCCGACAACGAGGACGAGCUCUCGUUCCACGAGGGCGACGUCAUCGUCGUUACGAACGAGCACACGGACGACGACAACUGGAUGGAGGGCUUCCUCGAGCGGGCGCCCGAGCGGAGAGGCAUGAUUCCUAUUAGUUUCGUACACAUGCUGCAAGACUAAGGCAAACUCGGACUUUCGAAGGAUCAGGAUUGCGAUAAGAAGAUGCAGGAGGAUAAAUAGGUUUCUCGAUGACACGCUCACUGACACCUAUGUACACACGCACACUCUCUCACAAACACACAUACGAUUACACUGGUCAUGACCACAUUCACACGUACGACACACACUCGGCUAUUGUCUAUAAUGCUGCCAGUAUUACUAGUUUUGUCGAUUAGCAUUGAAGAGACUCGUUUGUUAAGUGAAACGUAUUAGAGAAAAUGCAGAGAGACAGAGCGAGAGGAAGGAGAAUGGAAGAUUUAAUAUUGACCCUAUUGAGAGAAAAAUUAUUAUGUCGUGUCCGUUUUGAGAGUUGAGGGCAAACGUUUGUAGUUUUUGCCGACGACUGUAACUGCAAACCACUGCUUAAUUCAUGUGUCGUUAGUUACACACGGUGUGAGUAGUAGUUAUCUGCGAUUGCGAUACUUGCUUAGAGACUGGAAGAGAGAAUACGGGAGUAUAAAAGAGAGAGAGAGAGAGAGAAAGAUGAUACAAAUAAGUCACUAUACACGUGUUGCGAUUGGUGAAUUUUCAGAGAACGAUACAGAGUAUUAUGUCCCUGAAAGGAAAAAUCUGUUGUUUACGAGAAAAAUAUAAGCUAUUUUCUUUUCCAUAGCAGUGCCAUUGAAUAUUUGAAAAAUCGAUUUAUUUUUUUUUCUUCGAUCAAGGUGUCGUACUUGCUGACAAUGAAGUAGCCUUAGUAUAUCGAUGCUAGUGAUUUUUAUAAUUAAUUUAUUAUAUAAAUAUAUAUAUUAUAAAUAUGUAUAUGUUUUUGUUAUGUUCAUACAUCACGUGUAACAAAUAUUGUAAUUUUUCCCAGAUAUAUUUAUUAUCGAAAAAUACUAUUUAAAUUAGAUCGCCAGUUGUAUACAAUUUAUUCUUUUAAUGUAAAUGUGAAGGUGUACUAUUAAUUAUGUUUAUCCGAUAAUGAUUUAUUUGUACUUUAAAAAAACAAUACAAUACGUCUUUGAAUGAAAAGACUACACUUUAAAAAAUAAAUGUAAUUUUAAAAGAUUUAGCGCACUACUUUAGGCAUGUCAUAUGCUGAUAAUGUUUUUUAAGAAUGCUUAGGUAAUCUACUUACGAUUUCACAAUGCAUGAAUCAGCAAUCUAAAAUUUUUUACGAAUUUUUUUACCAGUAUUAAAAUAAAAAUUUUAGAUAUUUUUCUCUUUACUGUAAUAAAAUUAUGUUCUUAUUUAUUUAUUAAGAGAUGUUAAGUAUAUUUCAGUAAUAAAUACCAAAAAUUGCAUACUUAAAA